UGCCAGUCAUACAUACAAGACAGUGCUUCAGUUUAUCUGUAGUGCAUUACACAGUACAUUAUGCCAUUUAAAUAUCAACAGGUGAAUUAAUUAAAUUUUUUUGCCACUAAAAUGGCUUUUCUUUUGGUCUUAUUUUGUCUCACAAGUGUUGCAAAUGCAACAAGUAAGCAAAAGAUAAAUUCAGAAAACAUAACACGGAUCCUAGAUGGACUACUUGAUGGUUAUGACAAUCGACUGAGGCCAGGAUCUGGAGUCUCUGUAACUGAGGUCAAAACAGACAUAUUUGUUACAAGUUUUGGACCGGUCUCUGAUGUUAAAAUGGAGUACACCAUGGAUAUGUUUUUCCGCCAAAUGUGGGUUGAUGAGAGGUUAGCCUUUAAGGGGCCCAUUGAAAUAUUGCCUUUGAACAACCGCAUGGUGGACAAGAUCUGGACACCGGACACAUUUUUUCGCAAUGCAAGGAAAUCGCACGCACACAACACGACGACUCCUAACAAGCUGUUCCGGAUCAUGCAAAAUGGAACAGUCUUUUACACCAUGAGGCUAACUGUAAGUGCAGAAUGUCCAAUGGUGUUGAUGGACUUUCCUAUGGAUGGGCACACAUGUCCUCUCCUGUUUGGAAGCUAUGCUUACACUAAUCGUGAAAUUGUCUACACAUGGAGGAAGGGUCUCCAGGCAUCUGUGGAUUUUCCUCCAGAAUCAUCAAGCCUACUUCAGUAUGAUCUUUUGAGCCAGGCCUUGUUCAGUAAAACAUAUAAAUUCAGUACAGGUCUGUAUUCUGUCCAGGUUGUCCAUUUCCAUCUUCAGAGAAAGCUUGGCUACCAUCUUAUCCAAACGUACAUCCCUUUGAUUAUGGUGGUUGUCCUGUCACAAGUCGCAUUCUGGAUCAACAAGGAGUCUGUUCCGGCUCGAACAGUGGCUGGAAUCACCACUGUGCUCACCAUGACUACUCUAAGCAUCAGUGCCCGUUCCUCGCUACCCAAAGUCUCCUACGCCACCGCCAUGGACUGGUUCAUCGCCGUCUGCUUUGCCUUCGUGGCUUCAGCCCUCGUUGAGUUUGCUGCGGUCAACUACUUUACCACGCUCGAGGUCAACAGGGAAAAACGCAAGCUCUCCAAGGCCUCCAUUCUGGAGUCCAUAACCCAGGGCAGCGAUGAUGAGGAAGAGAUGCCUCAGUCUGAUGGCUACAGUCGUAGAAGAAAGGCAGACUCUUUGUCUGAAGUGCCCAGAACUCGCAUUCCCAUCUUCCUUCAGGGCUCAGCUGUCCCACCCAACGUAAUGCUGGCCGGCACCAGUACCAUAGACCAGUAUGCCCGCAUCCUCUUUCCUCUGGCCUUUGGGAUCUUCAACCUCAUCUACUGGUACAUCUACCUCAGCAAGGACACCAUGGAAAAGCCCAGGGAGAUCGAGUGAGUUUCUCCUGAGAAGCACGAGACAUAUUCAGCAGAAAGAUUGUGUCUCCGGCUAUAGGGCGCGCUUUCCUCUGGACCUUUCUUUCUCCGUCUCUCACUUUGGUCAUCUAGCAACUUCAUCCCUGAUAGAGCACGCGCCUGUCUGACACUAUUUGACAAGCAUUUGAUCCUGUUCCUUUUGCAUUUAUCACGUAUACUUUCCACUCCACUUGCCUUUAUAUUCACAGCCGAGGGCCACGUCGUUACACUACACUGCAAAGCCUCCUCUGGUUCUGCUCUAGUUCUUCUAGUUCUGCUCUUCUGCAUGUGUGUGUGUAGCACACUAUGGAGUUGAUGACAUAAUCUGCAGCUCUAAGUGGUGAUGCAACAUUGAACCAAUGCUUUCAGUGGCCUGCCCUCUACAGAGACGCGGCUCGCACUACACUACAUCAAAAGCAGGGUUUAUAGUGACGGCUUCAAAGAUUUCGCCUUGAAAACAAAGGAGAAAAAGUUCAUCCAUAGAACUGAACUUUUACCAACACCAUUCACACGCAAUACGUUUUCAGAAGCGUAUGGCGAUUCUCUUGACGUGGUGGCGCUGUAAUAGAGGGAUAAGUAUAUCUCAGUGUGGGGGGUGGAUGUUUAAUAUGCAUUCUCGGCUCGCGGUUUAUUUGAUGUUCUCUGAUGUUUCUCUGUAGUUCUCGGCUCUCUCUGUUGGGAGAACAUGCAUAUUCUCAGGAAUGCAUGAUGAUGUACUCAUGAAUUCAGACAACUCAUAAUAUAAUUAUGCUUAACGUCAUAAAUGGCUUUUAAAACCCAUUUGGAGGAGACAAUGUGGCACUGAAGAAUAAACAUGCAAGUGCUAAUGUAAAUGAUCUCAGGAAGUAAGUACAUGCAUUUACUGAGUUAUACUUGCACUUUGUACUUGCAUAAUGUGUAUUUGUAUUAACGUUAUGUGUAAUUAGUUUUGUCUUUUUAAGAUGUUUAUUUGUCUGAUGGUCAACUCAUGCAAGCUACUAAACAUUAAAAAAUGUUUAAAGAUGAUUAUUUUCGCAGUUCCAUUUAAUGGAACUUCAAUGGAAAUGUGAAAUACACAUUUUAUCUAUAAAGACCUAAUUUUUGUGUGGUUUUUAGUUCAUGUCUCUCUGUAAAAUGAUUUUUUUUUUCAAAGUUUAAAUAAAGAUUUUGAAAGUAUA